AAAAGAAAUUACUCGUAUCAAAAUUGCAAAAUUGGAUGAACUAACGGAAUUUGAGGAGAUUCUGGUUGUUACCGUUUUCGUUUAUCCAACAAACGUAAUUUGAGAAGAUUAUGUAUAAAUCAAGCACUAAGCCAUCAACUCGUUUGUAUAUGCAUCAUCCAAACCAUGGAUGUCCAUCUAAUGGAUCCUAACAUAUGUGUUUAGGUUUCUGAAAUUGAAAACAGACAAAAUUUUCAAUUGAAAUCCAAAACCCCAUAUCAAGAACCCAAUUUAAUGAAACACCAAAUCCGUUAUUUAAUUCAAUCAAAUGUAUAAACCCAUAUCGCAAUUCAAGUACUCAAUUAAGGAAAGAAAAUAAAAAAACGAAACGAAAUCAGCUAGUAGUAAGAGGGUGAUCAUCACAGAUCCAUCGCCAAAAAACAAGAAGAAGAUACGAUUAGGCUUGUAUUUGCAGGAUUUAAGAGGGUGAUCCAUCAGGCUUAGAAUUAAGAGGGAUGAUCGAUUUGGUGAGUCAAUAGUUUGGACACAGAAGAAUUGCAUUUCCAGUAUAUGAUAAAGAUAUCCACGAAGAAGGAGGGGUAUUUUGGGUAGCAUAUGCGACACGUGUAUAACCUUAUCCACGCGUGCACAGGUGAUGACUCAUUUAACGGAGGGAUGGAUGGAAUACCUAACCAAAUGAGGAAACGCUAAUUUUAAUCUGUUUGGGGAGGAAAUGCUAAUUUACGAUCUUGGGAGGGGAGUAAAUGCAAAAACAUUAACAAUUAAAGUUUACAACCCCAAAAAAUAUGAAAGAUCACUAUCAUUAUCCUGUACAUAACUCCACAGUAAGUGUACUCUAAAAAUCUUAAAGGAAUCUCCUCCCAGAAACAAACUCCUUCUUUUCUACACCAUAAAUAAAACUCCAUCUCUGAACAAAGGGUAUUUUUUUCAUUUCUCUGCGUCUCCUGUUUUUCUCUCUUGUUUCCCCUGUUAUUUUUUUCCCUGAUCACUUUGAAGUCAUGUUUUCCUGUAUCAAUCUUAUGGUAUCUAUCAUGAGUUUUUGAUUAAAUUUAUGUAAAACCAGUUUAGAAAUUGAUCGAAAAAUAAUGCCUCCAAUAUAUUUUCCACUGAGGUGGGAAAGUACAGGAGAUCAAUGGUGGUAUGCAUCUCCAAUAGAUUGGGCAGCAGCAAAUGGUCAUUAUGAUCUAGUAAGAGAAUUACUUCAUCUUGAUAUGAAUCUUUUCAUAAAACUCACUUCUCUUCGAAGAAUUCGCCGUCUUGAGACUGUUUGGGACGACGAAGCUCAGUUUGAUGAUGUUGCUAAAUGUAGGUCUCAAGUUGCUAAGAAGCUGUUACAUGAAUGUGAAACUACUAAGAGUGCUGGAACUAAUAACUCUUUGAUUAGAGGUGGUUAUGGUGGUUGGCUUCUUUAUACUGCUGCUUCAGCUGGUGAUGUUGGUUUUGUUCAAGAAUUGUUAGAAAGAGAUCCUUUGUUGGUUUUUGGUGAAGGAGAAUUUGGUGUGACUGAUAUAUUUUAUGCUGCUGCUAGGAGUAAGAACUCUAUGGUGUUUAAGGUUUUGUUUGAUUUUUCUAUGUCGCCGAGAUGUUUGAUAAGUAGUCGAGGUGAAUUGGAGCAAAGGCAGGAAAUGGAGAUUCCUUCCGUGUUUAAGUGGGAGAUGAAGAAUAGAGCUAUCCAUGCUGCUGCCAGAGGAGGGAAUUUUGACGUGUUGAAGGGUCUUGUUGAUGAUGGUUCUGAUGAUAUUUUGUGUUUUAGAGAUGUUCAAGGUUCUACUAUUUUGCAUGCUGCAGCUGGUAGAGGUCAAGUUGAGGUAGUGAAGGGUCUAGUGGCAUCUUUUGAUAUCAUCACCUCAGUAGACAAUCAAGGGAAUUCUGCAUUACAUGUGGCUGCUUUUCGGGGACACCUACCGGUGGUAGAGGCUCUGAUAAUCUCAUCUCCUUUGUCCACCACUUCAACCAACAACUGUGGAGAUACUUUUAUCCACAUGGCCGUGUCUGGAUUUAGAACUCCUGGUUUUCGAAGGUUGGACCGACAAACUGAGCUCAUGAAGCAGUUGGUCUUCGGAAAGAUUGUUAACAUGAAAGAUGUAAUCAACAUCAGGAACAAUGAGGGAAGAACUGCUCUUCACACAGCUGUUGUUGGGAACAUUCAUGGCAAUUUGGUGGAACUCCUGAUGACUAUUCCAUCAAUUGACCUAAAUAUCCGCGAUUCAAGUGGCAUGACUCCGUUAGAUCUCCUCAGACAACGACCACGAUCUGCAUCGUCUGAAAUACUUAUCAAGCAAUUGAUUUCAGCUGGGGGUAUAUCCAAUUCUCAGGAUUAUAUGGCAACAAGUUACAUUGUUUCUCACUUAAAGAUGCAGGGAAUUGGUAGCAGUCCAGGAACCUCCUUUAGAAUUCCCGACACUGAGAUAUUCCUGUACACUGGCAUUGAUUUACCUGAUGCUGGUCGGGAUCAAGUCAACAGCGCAAGACCAAGUUCUUGCUCGAGUGAAAUGAGUCACGAGUCAGUUGGCGAUAAUCGUAUUUCGAUGGAUAGUAAAAAGCGAGGUUCUAUGAAUAAUGCAGCAAGACGUUUAAAGAUUCUCCUCCAAUGGCCUCGACGAAUGGAUAAGAAAUCUAAUGGCACGAGAAAGUUAAGGGAUCAGAUUCUCGAAAAGUGGAGUGAUUCCGACGAAACUCCGACCCCACUACGACAGCGAUUCUCGAAAAAUUCGUCCAUUCCCAACAAUAAAAGGAUUCUUUCUGUGAGAGGUAAUUCUCCUAGUCCGUCCACCAAGAAGAAAUACACCUCAGGUCUAAUGCACUGUGUAAUUCAGGCCAUGCCUCAUUUAUCAGCACAUUCUCGAUCACCCUCUAGUUCAUUCUCAAGGUCAUCGAUAUCAUCUUCACCAAUUUCCUCGUUAGAUAAACAGAAGGGAGUUUAUACUGGAAAUGGAAUCGACUGUGCAGGACCUUCUUAUUCGAGUCCAUCGUUUAAUAUUAAAACACAAGAAACAACUAGGAAAUCAACCUCUAUCAGUAAGAAGAAGAUCAACCAGUAUCUCUGCUUUGGUGCACAAGGACUUGCAGUGGAAGAGAAAGUUAACCGCCAACAACCAAACGAGGGUUACAAGAGAAGGAUAGUGUCAGUAGCAUGAUCAAAGUAUUUCAGGUUUGUUACUAUUAAUUGUAAUUGUAGAUUAGAUUAUUGCAGUUAAUUACAAUUCUUGUUGUUUGGGUUGGGUUGUAUAAAUAAUUGUAUAAACGAUCGACUUCAAGUUCAGAGUUCAGUAAUGUUUAACUGUAUAUUGUUCAGUGAAAA